AGGGAACCCUGGCCUCCUGGACGCGAAGGCGAGACAAGUUGGACGCGACUGGUGGAAAGCUUGUGUCUCACAACAAGCUCCAGCUCUGUCCCUCGCGGUGCCUUCAUCUCCAGACGACAGCUCACGUAUGCAAAAUGGCAACCUACAACAAUACGUGGAGGAACAAGGCGUGGAUGGGAUGGUUCCUGCUUCAGGUUCCCCUCAUUUUCUUCAUCGACCUGCUCGAGUACCUGUAUCCCGCCUGGGUGUACGAACCUACCGGCGCGCCGCUGCACGCCUUCUACGCGCUCAAGCAGUGGUACAUCCAGAUGUACAACGACCCGAUCGUUCAGUGGUCGCCCGAGACGGCUUCGGGCCAUGACAGCUGGAUUGGUCUGUUCCUCCACGUCGAGUUCCUCUUCCUCCUGCCCACCGUCCUGUACGGCGUGUACCGCCUAGCCGUGCAGCGUCGCGGCACCUCGGGCGCUGAUGAGCUGCUCUUCCUCGUCUACGCGCUCGAAGUGGCCUUCACGACCCUGGUGUGCAUCCACGACACCUACUACCUGGACAGCACCGUCUACUCGGACGAGCUGAAGCGCACGCUGCGCUUCCAAUUCUAUGGGCCGUGGUGCCUUAUCCCGGCGAUCGGGGCCAUCGACAUGGCUUCCCGAAUUCUUGGUCGCAUCAAGGCAGCGGACGCCGUCCUGGAGGGGCGCAAAUCGCAGUAGACAGGUGUGGAAGGGAAUCGCGAGCAACAGGUGCGCAAAUGUCUCAUUGGCAGAGGAUGGUGAAUGCUUGCGUUGGAACGGUAAUUGUAUGUGCGUGAUGUAUGUGCGUGGGAAGUAAGCGGAUCGGCACG